UGCUGCUUAAUUCAUCGCAGGAGCGCACAUGUUGAAACGCGCUCGGGUUAUAACGGAAUCUACCCAAAAAAAAAAAAAAAAAAAAAAGAGGAAACCAACACCAGGAGACUUGUUGCUGUCGAAGAGAACAAGGGCAAGAUGAUCGACAGACUGAGCGAGCUCCACGCCAUCGCCGCCAGGCCCCCGGAGGCGGUGGAGUACAGCCUGGCAGGCAAUUGCGAGGACUCGGAGCAGGACGAGUCUACCGCGCCGCUUUUCAGCGUGGAGGAGGCGAUGUGGGGAAUCCGCACGGAGGUCCAAGCCAUGAAGAAGGAGAUGCUGCUCCUCAACAUGGAUGUCACGCGUCUGGGCAAGGAGAGCAGUCGCUUCCUCACCUCGGUGCGGCGCUUCAGCAGCAUCAAGCGGGACGCCAACGCCGUGGGGCGCGGCAUCAAGACCCGCGGGGAGGCCAUCUUCGCCCGGCUGGAGAGGCUGAGAGCGCUGAGCGAGGAGCUGGCGCGGCUGCACGGCGACUCCUCGGCGGUGGCCCGUGUGGCGCGGUGCCAGCACGCCGCGCUGACCGGGAGCUUCCGCCGGGCCAUGACGGAGUACAACCGCGCCGAGAUGGAGCAGCGAGAGAACUGCACGGCGCGCAUCCAGCGGCAGGCGGCCAUCGUGGGGCGGGAGGUGAGCCGGGCGCAGAUCGAUGAGAUGAUGAUGACGGGCAAGUGGGACGUGUUCGCCGGGGACGGGUUACUGACGGCGGAUGCGCGCGGCGCCCGCUCGGCGCUGAGCGAGAUCGAGAGCCGCCGCCGGCAGCUGUGGGAGCUGGAGGGCCGCAUACGGGACGUGCGCGACCUCUUCUUCCAGGUGGCGGUGCUGGCCGAGGAGCAGGGCUGCAUUGUGGACGACAUCGAGGCCAACGUGCGCAACACCCAGGACUACGUGGUUGCCGCCGGUAACCACGUGCGCCAGGCCGUCAGGUACAAGAAGGAGAACCCUUGCAAGAAGAUCUUCUGCUGUUGUUUCCCCUGCUGCCACUGAAGUGGAAAAAAGGCAAAACCCGGAACACGCAUUGUGAUCGUCCGCCGAAGGGAAAUAAAUUGGGAUCAAAUCCAUUUUCCCACCAGGCCUCAUUCGUCGCCAAGGUUAGGGUUGCAAAGUAGGCUUUUCAAGUCUGGGUUAGCGCUUCAAAGCAGGGGUAAGAGUUAGCUAACCUUAACCCCUAACCCAAAGAUUUCAAAUAAUGCUUUCAAAUUGGGGUCUUAAACUCAGGUUUCUAGGAAGGGAUUGGGUUUCAAGACUGGGCUAGAGUUUGUACUAGGUUUAAGGUUUCAAAUUACAGUUUGAAUCAAAAGUUAGGUUUCAAGAGAGGAUUAGCGUCUCACAAAAGGGUUUGUUUUCAAAAUAGUGGUUCAAGCCUGUGUUAGGGUUUCAAAUAAGAAUUUGAUUUCAAAUUUGGGUUCUAAAGUAAGGAUAGGGUUGUUUUGAAAUUAGAGCUUGAAGUCAAGGUUAGGGUUCCAAAUUAGGGUUUCAAGCCUUAGCUGGAGUUUUAGAGUAGGGGUAAGAUUAGAAACAUGAGAGAGGUCCUUGAAGUGACGCUCAGGGCAGUUAGUCACAGGGGAAUUUUUGCACUUCAACUGCGAUGGUUCCACUUCCUCACUUGUUUAUGUGGGCUGCAUUACCGACCGACAAUGGCAUCACUCCAAGUCGACGUAGGUAAGGUUCGAAAGUCAAAGAGAACCUGGACUCUGCGUCGUUCGCAGUGCCUCAAAUUCACAUUCAUACAAAAGAAAAUUAGAUCUGAGCAGGGAGCCUCGGUGGACUAGCGGGACUGGGGGGGGGAGAAAAAAAAAACCUGUACUGUGCAAAAGUUAGCAAUGGUUGCAAAGAAAUUUCAGAACAUUUGGGGGAUGACAAAAAAAAUGUUAAGUGCGCUGCGAAUUUUUGGGUGAAAAUGAACAUUUUGAGAUGGGAUGAAUGUUGAAAACGCAAAAAAACAUUUCGGAUCCAAAGAAAAGCAUUGAAAAGAUUGUAGAAAUAUUUCGGAAGGGAACAAAGAAAAAUAGCUUUGAAACAUUUUGGAUGGAAAGCAAAGCAUUGAAAAUAAGUCCGAAAAAAAUUGGAUGAAAAGACAAACGUUGAAAAUAUGAGACAAAAAUUUGAAGGAAAAGAAAAAACAAUUUUUGGGAUUAAAAUAAUUUUUGGGCGAAAAAUACUUCAUGGGAAAAGAAAAAAAAGAAAGCCUUUACAAAAAGUGAAAUGUUAAAAAUAUUUAAGGCUUAAAUUCUUUUACAGAUAGAUCUUGGUUCAACAUAAAAAUGCAGCAAUUUCCUCGGAAUUUUUUUUUAUGAUGAAAAAAGUAGAAAACAUUUCCCCAAAAAUAUUGAUGAUUAUACAUAACUUGAUAUUGAAGAGAAAUAAUUAAACAUAUCAAAAUAAUUUAUGCAUGACGAGGUAAAUAAAUAUGACAAUGCCCCCAGGGGUAAAAGCCCUUUUAUUCUUUUUAUUAAAACGCUUGAAAAGAUGGCAUCCUGUGGUGAAAGCACACUUCACAGCUCGAGUGAAAACAAAAGUUUAGAACACCAGUGAGAAAAUAAAGAGUACAAAUAAAAACAAAAUGGAGGUUCACACAUUUAAACAAAAACAAAAAAUGGAGGUACACACACACACACACACACACACACACACACACACACACACACACACAGUUUAACAUCACACUGUGCCUGAGAACUGAACACUAUUAAUAGACUCGUCGCUGUCGGGCAGAAACCAUGUAUGCGCAAACACAGUCAAUUUCAUAUUCUCCCCCCUCCCAGAGAUCAAUACUGUUAUUUUGACUCAUGAGAAGUGCUGUAAAACUCCGCCUCUUUCCACACUCUGCGGGAGCGGGGCGGCAUUAUGUCGCCUCAAGAUUGAAAGUCGGGAUGCUUUUCAAAACAAUACGAGUGAAAAUAAUUAUGAUAGAUACAUUUGCGUAAGCCUGUUUUGUUAUAAAUUGAUCGCUCUAAUGCACCGACCGGUCCAGAUGGAACUGGUUGGUCGUCCCCAAAGGUACGUUUACGCACCGAUUCACUUCCGCAUAUUAGACUGCUUAGUCAGCUCACCGUUUUAUGCACUGCGUCUAAAAGCUUUGGAAAAAGAGUUUGGGGAAGGUGGUGUAACCACAUUCGUUUGCUUUUGUAAAGUAUUUUAAAGGCUUUUUUGUCUGGUCGGUGCGUCAGUUGCAGACUUGAUCGGACUGCUGGUGCCGUGUCCUACCAUUUUAAUCAAUGACCGCGUACUAAAUUAGCCCAUUUUAUUUAUUAGCAUAUUUAGGGCUGGUGGUGUGUUGAUGUUAGUGCACAACGGUGUAUGGGAGCAAUAUUAUGGUCGAAAACCAACUUGAACGAAACGGUGUUUGAUAACUCGAACAAGAUGGCUGUUUUCUGAUUUUCUUGAAAAGUGGUCAUUUUGGAGAUGUGAGGAUGCAGCCCGACAGCGACUGACAAAAAAAAAAAAAAAAAAAAAAAAAAAAAAAAAAAGUUGAGAACCCACAUGCAUUAAUAAUAACAAUAAUGACUAAACAUUUUACAGUACAUGCUUCAAUGUGCAAAUUCAUAAUUCACAAAAAUAAAAAUACUCAUCUGGAUUUUAGGGAGGCAGCUUUCAGAGUACCAGUAAAAGUAUAAAAAAAAAAAAAAUAAUAAAACCCUCACUCCUUUCU